CUCAAGUCUUAAGUUGGACGGUCCCGUACACCGGUGGGAGGGAGCAAUUCAGGCGAUUGCUGUCUCCGUCCGGAGAAGUAAAGUGUCGGUAGUUAAUUAGUCCAUUAGCCGGUCCUAAUCAUCAUUGUCAGGCACCGCCAUGUCGACGCCAAUUCCCCAACCGCCUGGCAUCCCCUUGCUGGGAAACCUGUUCGAUGUCGACCCAAACAAUACAUGGUGGUCUCUCAAGACGCUCGCCGAGAAGUAUGGCGAGAUUUUCCAGAUCAAGGUGCUGGGCAAGCGUAUCGUGUUCGUGGCCAGCGGUGCGCUGGCCGAGGAAAUUUGCGACGAGAAGCGGUUCCGGAAAUACGUCGGCGGCCCGAUCGUCGAGAUCCGCUACGCCGUCCACGAUUCGCUCUUCACCGCGUUCGACCAUGAGCCUAGCUGGGGUAUCGCUCAUCGCAUCAUAGCUCCCCAUCUCGCUCCAGAGGCGCUCGCCGGCCACUUCGACGAGUUUGUUCAAUGCGCCGACGAGCUGAUUGCGAAGUGGCAAGGCCUCGGCGCCGGAGCCCAGAUCCGCCCGCUCGACGAGCUUAACCGGCUCAACCUCGAGGCCACCGCGCUCACCUUGUACGGCAAGAAGCUGAACUGUCUCGAGGGCCCCGCGCACCCGAUGUUGCAAGCAAUGGAGGACGCGACGUCGGAAGCCAUGAAGAGGCCAAACAGACCCAAGAUCCUUAACUGGUUGGUGUACGGUGGCAAGUUCAAGAGGGCGACCAGAGCGCUGCGGUCCUUUGCUGCCGACAUGGUCAAGGAGCGGAAAGAACACCCCACGGACCGGCGGGAUCUCCUCUGGGCCCUGCUGAACGCCAAGGACCCAGAGACGGGCAAAGGUUUCACCGAGUCGGAGAUCAUCGAUGAGAUCGUCACCAUGCCCAUCGGCAGCAGCACCGCCCCGUGCGCCAUAGCCGCCGGAAUUCUCUUCCUCAUCCGGAACCCGGACGCCCUCGCCAAGGCCCGAGAAGAGAUCGACAGGGUGCUUGGCGACGGGCCGUUCAAGCGAGAGCACGUCCCGCAGCUGCAGUACAUCGCCGGCCUCGUCCGCGAGACGCUGCGGCUCUCGAGCGCCGCCCCGGGCUUCAACAUCGAGCCGAUCCCGAGGCCCGGCGACAAGUCUCCCGUGUUGCUCGCCGGCGGCAAGUACCAGGUGCCCCAUAACCAGGCCCUGAUCAUCGUCCUGGCCGGCGUCAACCGGGACCCGGCCGUCUUCGACGACCCGCUCGCCUUCCGGCCGGAGCGCAUGAUGGGCGAGGCGUUCGAGCGCCUCCCCGCCGGCGUCAAGAAGUGGUUCGGCAACGGCAAGCGCGAGUGCAUCGGAAAGCACUGGGCAUGGGACUUCCUCGUCAUCACCAUGACCAAGCUGAUCCGCGACGUCGACUUCGAGGCCGUGGACCCCUCCUACCAGCUGAAGCAGGACGGCUGGUUCAAUAUCCGCCCUAUCGACUUCUCCGUCAAGGCAACGGUGAGGGCUCGCUGAGCCGAGAGUCAUAUGACCUCCUUGCCGAGGCGUAAUUUUUUUUGUGUGGCUAGGGCCCUCCUGGCCGCGCAUUAGUGAUCAAAGAGAUAAAAAAGGAGCUGUUUGGAGUACCUACCGGUAAUGGCGGUGCUGGUGACGAACUCUGCAUGGACUCGAGCCCUUCCUGUGUCUCGGAUGUAUGUAGGGAGGCUGAGCCGGCAGUAAUGUAUGUAUGUACGAUGCCAGAAAUGCGGAACUGACGUGCCGCAACAAAUGCAAGUUGAUGGGAUGAUGGAGGUCAUGAGCGGCUUACGUGCCAAUGAUGAUAGUUAAUGUACUUGUUUAAUAUUCUGUGGGCGC